AUGGAAAUAAAGGUUUUCAGUCUUCGGAUAGGUUCACUUCCGAUAAAAGGGCGGAUUGUGGUCGAAGUAGCAGAUUGUUGCAGGAGAAAGAGAUGUCGGGGUCCCGAGAUUCAACAUAUCCCAGACUAUCCGACUACAAUUUUAACAUCAUCUUGGAUUGGGGAGUGUCAGCAUCUUCGUGAAGAGGUAGCAACGUUGUUGAAUAAUGGUUACCUCAGAGAAUUUUUAAGUGAUCGCGCAAAGAAAAACUAUGGGAGAAACCAGGAUAUUGCAGAACCAUCAAAACCGGCUGCAUGGUCACCUCGGAUGAUGAUAAACAUGAUCUUUGGAGGAGACGAAGUAAAUAGGGUGAGGUUUUCAGCUGCAAAGAAGACAAAUAUAUCGGUAAAUCAUGGCAAGAGGAUCCGAAAGAUUUCAGAAGAUGAUAUCACAUUCACAGAAGAAGAUGAUGAUGGACUCCUUUUACCACACAACGAUGCUUUAGUAAUUUCUUUUAAUGUUUUAGAUUUUAAAAUUAAACGUAUGUUGGUUGAUACAGGAAGUUCAGCCAACAUCAUACAAUGGAGAGUUUUGGAACAAGCAAAGCUGACCGGAAACAUAGUUCCAACAACAAAACUUUUAGCGGGGUUCAACUUAACAAGUGUGACAACCCGAGGAGAAAUUUUGUUGCCCACACAUGCUGAAGGAGUAACGCAGACCACCUUAUUCGAAGUGGUAGAUGGCGACAUGGGCUAUAAUAUAAUCCUUGGAAGGCCAUGGAUACAUGAAAUAAAGGUUGUACCUUUAACGUACCAUCAACUAUUAAAAUUUCCAACACUAGAAGGAAUCAAACAGAUCAUAGGAGAUCAACCGGCUACAAGGGAGAUGAACACAAUAAUCAUUUCCAGUAGCAAGGGCAACAAUAGUAGCAAAUAG